UGCGAAGCUGCUAAUCGAGUCAACUGCAGGAGCGCCGGCUCAAGUGGAAUCAUCUUGCGCAAUGACUCAUUCUUGGUUUAGAUAAUUUUUGGGCGACGGUCGUAUUGGCUGUAUUUCAAAGGAAUUUGGUUUCAAUUCGGAGUGCUCACCAUGCCGGCGAAGGAAAGAUCCGAAAGGGGUGAAAAUAAAACCGACGGAUCGGAUUUCGAGCUGUACACAAAGCUGGAGUGCAUCCGGGCGGUGCGUGACAGAACCGACGUUGAGGAGUACACCGUUGGCAAAGAGUUGGCGGCGAGGUUCGGAGCGCUGGAUGAUGUGGUUCUCAACGUGACGUUGCGGGGUACCCGGGAGUUAACGUACGCUUUGCAAGCGAAGCAGACGCUCGAGGGUGAUCCGUCCAAGCCGGACAAGGUGAUUUCCUCGCAGGAUCUUUGGCGGGAGUGUGGGAACAAGAACUACUACGUGGCCAAAUAUUUUGCGUCAUAUCUUAAAAUCAAGCAGCACACCCGUCCCGAACAGCUGAAGGAGAUGAUAAUUUGGACUACUCAAAGUAUAGCCGAUACAGCGUUAACCAACUUUGAGCCUUACGUUACUGAUGGGCAGGAUGAUAUUCUGAAACCGGUACUUGGAAGUGACGUUCGGCGAUGGAAGUUUGAUUCGUCAAAAAUGGACCACCCGGAUUACGGUGAUCUUAAGCAGCUUCUUCUGGACGAAGUUCAUCCGCUCAAAGCUGUGGUAGACAAAUUUAUCUCGGUGAUGUUCAAGAAAGAAACGUGGGAUUCAAACAAAGGCGCGAGAAACUACUAUCGCAUCAUGGCUCAGGAGGUGAUCGAUUGCGAUAUGAAGGUCUUCCAGGAUCGCUUCAUCAGAGGAGAUUGUAGCUUGGACUCCAACACUCAGCUAUUUCGCCGAAUAUUCGAACGAGCCAUGGCGCUGAAAAUCCCAAAGUUUUCAAUGGACCUGCUGAACAGUGAAAAUUAUAAGCGAUACUUUAUCCUGCAAAUAGACGAUCAGUUUCAAAAAGGGAACGGCCAGUACGCGUGGAAAGUUGAAAGUUCUGCGAGUCAAGCCGACUUGGAAGACUUUAUCGCGCGCUUCGUGUUCUACGUGAAUGUCCCGAAGGUUGCCGAUUUUAGAAACAAACUUACACAAAAGCUCGGUGCAAACCGAUUCAAGGAGCUUUGCGGCUUGGUGCAGCAGUGCACAGUCGAACAGAUGGCUAGUAAGGCGGAAAUCGAUGCGAUAUUUGAGCUACUCGUGCUGCGAAGCAAGACGAACUUGAAAAAGGAUCCCGGAUUGGAAUUUGAGGGAGACGACGGCGGUCUACGGAGUGUUCUGAAAGACAACAAUCGUAUAUUCAUUGAAGCGGUCCAGGACAUCGAUUGCAGCGUGAAUCGAGUGUUUAUGACGGAGGAGUUUGCUAACGCAAUGCAGCCAUGUCUCGCGUUUCGAUAUCGAAACUUUGAAAGGUGUAAGAACGAAAUAAUAGCCGUAACGAAACACGCAAAAGUCUGCGAGCAUGGUCUUAGAAGUGUUGUUGUCAGCGGAAUUGACGUACCAUCGGUAGAAGGUUUGAUGAAAGAGCUGGAACUAUUCAACGGAAAAGUCAUCUGUUUAGGUGAAAAAGUGCCAAGUCAGCACGUGGAUGAUCUAAACAGAAUGAGUUUGAUUCACCACAAGGACGAAUUUGAUGUCGAUAAGCUGACUUUGGACUGUAAAAAUUUCAUCAGUUCUAAGGAAAUCAACGUCUUUGGAAAUAUUGCAACUGUUGGAGAGCUUUUCUCGGAUGAUUUGAUAAGAAAGGAAAAUUACCAACUUGUAAUGAAACUGUAUCGUCAGCCGGCGAGUGAAUGUUUCAAUCUUGGCAGAAACAAGCUCACUUUGGAUCCAUAUUUCGACUCCAGAUUGAAGGAACUGAACAAUUAUCUCGAUUCUCCAAUCGUUCUGUCCGACCAAGCCGGAAUGGGAAAAACGACGGAAAUGUUCUACAUCGCUGACAACAUCAGAAAUCAACGGCAGGACUGUUUGGCGGUUUAUUUAGACUGUAAAAUUGCGGUAACACAUUUUCGCAAGAUUGAUUCCCCUGAGGCUAGGGAAAAGCUGAUCCAAGUGGUGUGUAAGAUGAUUCAAGCUGAUACGGAUGAAUACCAGAUAUUAAUGGUACGGGAAAUGUUUGGUUCAGGGAGGGUUUUCCUGUUGUUGGAUGGGUACGAUGAAGUUAGUGACGAAAGCCAAAAGUGUUUGGAGGAAAUGAUCGCUGCUUGUUCCGCUGCAAAUUUACGAGGGCUGUGCAUCGCAACCAGACCUCACUGCCUGGAACGGAUUAAGCUGAAGUUGGGUCAGGCAAAAGAAAUUCGAAUUUAUAGUCUGAACCCGUUCACUAAGGAAGAACAGUUGGAGUAUUUGAUGAAAACCUGGAAUAUUAGAGGCAUUCCAUUCGAGAAGCGUACUUUGGUUGAAAAAAAUGCAACUAAAUUGAUACACACUUUUCAAACCGUUUUCAAACAUGAAGCACUGCUUGGAAUCCCGCUUCAAAUGAAGAUGAUUUCCACUGUUUAUGCUGAAGAAAUAAAAUCGGACUCGUUUGAGCUGCCAAAGAGUUUUCAAAUGGGAAGCAUCUUGGAGAAAUUCGUUCAGCGAAGGUUAGAUCUGGUUGUAGAAAAGAUUAAAACCGAUGGAAAGGCACAGGAAUAUGCAUCCCAGCUAAUGCGAAAGGAGUUUCCUGCUGAUCACGUAAAGAUGGCGUUGAGCGUCUACUGGGGAUCAACCGAGCACGUUAGGGAUCUUUUCGAGAAAAAUGAAACGUACGGCUUGGUCAGACUGAAUCCGUCUGAGGCCUUCUGUCACGAAACCUACUUAAGCUACUUCCUUGCCUUGCACUUCACAACGCAUCGCACUGAACCUGACGAAUUUAAGCAGUACAUGAAGCGCUAUCUAUGCCUAAAUCGAGUCGACGUUGCGACCAAAUUUAUGGAUUUUCACCUCGGAAAACUGAUGCAUAAUCCUGACGCAAUUCAACUCCUCAAAGAUAAAACAAACGAGUUCAGUCACUACCUGGCCAAAAGCUGCACAGAAACGGAACGGUUCACCCUGAUUCGUAGCAGCAUGAACGCAACGUCGUUCUCGGUGUUCGACCUUCUGCACGCUAGCCUCACCGAGUCGGAUCGGCGCAAGUUACGGUUCCGGUUCGGUGGCGAAGUCAACGAAACCGAAAACCGUCACCUGAUCAACCUUAAACGGUUGGGCGGAAAUCAAACGCUCCAGUUGUUGAGAGUUUUGCGACGGAAACAUGGCACCAGCUUCGUGGGCGAUAUCCUAACCAACUUUUUGGACGACGAAGAGGACUUUAUCGCCGUUGCCUGUCGUAAGCCGUUUCUGGAGGUGUUCCGGUGGUUGUUCGAGCGUGUUCCGGAGCUCGUCGUGGAAGAGCGGGAUGCGCUGCUGGAGUACCUUCGCAAACGGGUUCCGGGAUACCUCGAGGUGCUGAUUCAGCACAACAAUGCAGCGCUGCUGGAAGAGAUCAUCGUAUGGGUGCAAUCUAAUUGGUCGAGGGAGGUCCUAGUGACAUGGGUGGAGAACUACGAGCUUCUGUGGGUGUUUGCAUCGAACGUUGGCCGAAAAUGUGUAAAUAAGGAGUUGCAUGUAGAUAGUAGAACCAGUAUGGUGAAAAUCAUUUACGAUUUCUGUAGAUGGAUUUACGGUGAUAACGUACUACUUCCGGAGCCAUGCCUUAGUGCAAUAGCAGAUAUCGAACAAGAAGGCAUUACAAAUGCAUUUAUUCAGCAUUUCAAGUGCUGCCAGUGAAAUAUAUAUACAUAGAAAAUAAAACAAACAUAUCCAUUGACAAAAAAA